ACUUUGCAACUAAAACCAUCACUUGCUCUCUCAAUCUUUCGUUUUUUUCCCUUUGUUCCAAGAAAAAACCCUCAAUUUCAAGAGGGAAACACAGAGAGAUUGCUUCAUUUUUGUUAAUGGAGAUUCUCUCUUUCACUCUGUAUUUAAUAAUAUUCUUCAUUUCUUCUGCUUUUUUGCUUUAUUUCAAGAGAAAUGAAACCCCAAAACCCAGAAAAUCUCUUAGGCUUCCUCCUGGUUCCAUGGGAUUGCCAUGGAUUGGAGAAACUUUGCAGCUUUAUUCUCAAGAUCCCAACAUAUUUUUCUCCGAAAAACAGAGAAGAUAUGGAGAAAUUUUUAAAACCAACAUUUUGGGAUGUCCUUGUGUCAUGUUGGCCAGCGCCGCCGCAGCCCGGUUCGUUUUGGUAACUAAUGCUCAUUUAUUCCGACCGACUUACCCCAAAAGCAAAGAGACAAUGAUCGGUCCGGCGGCGCUUUUCUUCCACCAGGGAAAUUACCAUUCUAACAUUCGGAAACUUGUUCAAAAUUCUCUCUGUCUCGGAAGCCUCAGAAACCUUGUUCCUCAUAUUGAAACCGCCGCCAUUUCCGCCGCCGAAUCAUGGGCUGCCGCCGGCCACGUCAUCAACACCUUCCUCGAAAUGAAAAAGUUUUCUUUCGAUGUGGGAAUUCUAGCAGUGUUUGGGAAGCUAGAAAGUGAUUACAGUGAGAAACUCAAAGAAAACUAUUGCAUAUUAGACAAAGGCUACAACUCUUUUCCAACCAGAUUACCAGGAACAGCAUAUUCCAAAGCAUUAUCAGCAAGGAAGAAACUGAGAGAGAUUCUGGGCGAGAUAAUAAUGGAGCGGAGAGAAAAAAGGGUAACAGAGAGAGAUUUGGUGGGUCAUCUCUUGAGCUUCAGAGAUGAAAAUGGUGGAAUUUUAAGUGAGGAUCAGAUCGCCGACAACAUCAUCGGAGUUCUGUUUGCGGCGCAGGACACCACCGCCAGUGUGCUGACGUGGAUCCUUAAAUACCUCCAUGAUAAUUUGAAGCUCUUUGAGGCUGUUCGGGCAGAGCAGAUGGAGAUUUAUAGAAGAAAUGGUGAUGGGAAGAUGCCUCUGUCUUGGGCACAGAUUAAGGAUAUGCCCUUAACUCAUAGGGUUGUAUUAGAAAGCUUGAGGAUGGCUAGUAUCAUAUCCUUCACUUUUAGGGAGGCAGUGGUGGAUGUGGAAUAUAAAGGGUUCCUAAUACCAAAGGGUUGGAAGGUGAUGCCUUUGUUCAGGAAUAUUCAUCACAAUCCUGACUACUUCCCGAACCCUCAAAUCUUUGAUCCCUCCAGAUUUGAGGUGGCUCCGAGGCCCAAUACAUUCAUGCCAUUUGGCAAUGGAGUACACUCUUGCCCUGGGAACGAACUUGCCAAGCUGGAGAUCCUCGUCUUACUUCAUCACCUCAUUACCAAGUUUAGGUGGGAAGUUGUGGGAUCACAAAGCGGGGUUCAAUAUGGGCCAUUCCCAAUGCCUGUCAACGGGCUACCGGCCAGAUUUUUCAAACAAACGACAACCAACCAAUAGCCUCUCAUUUC